UGCUCCCCAGCCGCAGGGAUCGGCCCGCAGCGACCGUGCCCGGCGCAUGGAGAAAUCUGCGGCUCCUGAAUGGGACGUGGCAUCACAGCAUCUAACUCAUUUACAGCUUCCUACGGUGCCUGAAAGAAUUUAUGUGAGAGGCUCAGAUCAAGCUGCAGAGAGAUCCUUGACUGUAGUGGCUGCAGUUCAAACCAUGGAGGGGAAGGUUGAUUCAUUUCCCUCCCGACUGGUGAAUCUGGAGGGGAGAACAGGGUCGGCUGAGAAGAAAUUAGUCAACUGUGAGAAAAUAGUUGGGGAGUUUGGUAAUCAGCUGGCCGCGCUGGGAACUCUGAUCCAGGAGUACGGGGUACUGCAGAGGAGGCUGGAGAACAUGGAGAACCUGCUGAAGAACAGGAACUUCUGGAUCCUGAGACUCCCCCCAGGCACGAAGGGAGAAGUCCCCAAGGUCCCAGUGACGUUUGAUGAGAUCUCAGUCUAUUUCAAUGAGCAGGAAUGGGGGAAUUUAGAUGAAUGGCAGAAGGAGCUUUACAAGAAUGUGGUGAAGAGCAACUAUGAGACUUUGCUCUCACUGGACUAUGCAAUUUCCAAACCUGACAUUCUGUCCAGGAUUGAACAAGGGGAAGAGCCAUGUGUCAGGGAUCAAGGGGACCCAGAGGAAAGGGAAGUGUCUACAGACACCAAGACAGAAUCUUCCAUUUCCACACACAUUUCACCCCGAACUAAGCAAGAGGAAGAGCCACCUAUUGGGGAUCAGCCAGCUUCAGAACCAAAAGAGAGCCUUCCAGAUCGCAGCACCGGUGAAGGGGCUUUGGUCAGAUCUGAGGAUCAGCAUCAUGGUGAAGGUCCUGUGAACCUGGAGCUGACCAAGAAGUUAUCGGGUAGAUCUGCAGAGAAGUUUUUCCGGAGUCCCAAUGUAGGAAUGCCCUCCGAGAGGCAGGGCAGCUCAAAUAUACAACCGGAGAAUCCUGCAGAGAUCAGACCUGGGAAAUCUACUCCGUGUGAGGCAGGUUCUGGUGAACUCCAGCCAAAACCACAGCCCUGCGCAAGAGAGAAAUCAAAGAGCUUCGCUUGCAAGACUGUUGAUAAAUCUCAUCGGAAACGUCACACUGUAGAGAAAGUAUAUCCUUGCACUGAAUGUGACAAAAGCUUUCCUGAUCAAGCACUACUGACUAGUCACUACAGAAUCCGCUCGGGAGAGAGGCCGUAUCAGUGCCCUGUGUGUGGGAAACGAUUCAGCCACCAGUCUAUUCUCAUCAAGCAUCACAGAAUCCACACGGGGGAGCGGCUGUAUAAAUGUACGGAAUGCGAGAAAAGCUUCAAUGAGAAAUCCAAGCUGACCAACCACUACACAAUCCACACUGGAGAGAGACCCUAUGCUUGUAAAGAGUGUGGGGAAAGUUUCCGGCUGAAGAUGAGUCUUAUAAAUCACCAGAUAAGUCAUGGCAAAGAGAAGCCUUAUCAGUGCGCCUUGUGUGACAAGAGCUACAUCCAAAAGAAACACCUCCUACGUCACCAGCGAGUCCACACAGGAGAGAGACCCUUCCAUUGUACUGUGUGUGGGAAGAACUUUCGGCAGAAGUUUGUCCUGCUAUCCCAUCAGCGACUCCACACAGGAGAGAGACCCUAUGCCUGUACCGUGUGUGAGAAGAGCUUCAUCACCAAAUCCAAAUUGACCAGUCACUACCGUAUCCACACGGGAGAGAAGCCCUACAAGUGCACUGAGUGCGGGAAGAGCUUCAGAGUGAGGGAGACUUACCGGCAACACCAGCAUAGUCACGCGCAAGAGCGACCCUACAAGUGUAGUGACUGCGAGAAGAGCUUCAGCUGCCAGUCAGGCCUUAUCAGACAUCAGACGGUCCAUACAGGAGAGAAGCCUUAUAAGUGUGUGGAAUGUGGAAAGAGCUUCAGCCGCCAGUCAAAUCUUAUUAGACAUCAGACGGUCCAUACAGGAGAGAAGCCUUAUAAAUGUGUGGAAUGUGGAAAGAGCUUCAGCUGCCAGUCAGGCCUUAUUAGACAUCAGAAGGGCCACACUGGAGAGAAGCCUUAUAAAUGUGUGGAAUGCAACAAGAGCUACAGUCGGAAGGAGUGUCUGCUAAGCCACCAGCUCAUCCACACAGGAGAGCAGCCCUACACCUGCACUGAAUGUGGUGAACACUUCAGGCUAAAGGUGACUUUUGUAAAGCACCAAAAGAAUCAUGCAAAAGAGGACUCUGGUCAGCGCAGCCUGUCCUUUAAAACUUGAAUGGUCACUGAGGUUGGUACAGUACAGCAGGUGACUUACACAGCAGGAGGCUGUUUAAAUGCACUGCUGGUGACAGACACUUAAUUUGAAAGGACUAUCCUCGUCCAAAAUGCCAACUUCCCCAUGUGGCAAAGGGAAUGUCUAAAUGUAGAUGGGGAACACCUGAGAAAGGCUCAACAUCCGCUACAGUCAUCAGAUUCAUUUAGUUUCUGAGCCUUGGCACCUUUCAGGAUGUGGCCCAGAAAAACCCAAACUCCGAACGAUGCUGAGGCCAAGAAACUUUAUUGGUAAACAGUCCCUUAAAGGCCUCCAAAAAGGUUCUCUUCAUGGCAGAAUCCUCUGUAGGCUCCUUUUACAGCAAUUAAAGACCUUCACCACGAGCCAGUCCACUCCUGCCGUCCCACGAACUGCUCUGCUCUACAAGC